AGAUCGAACGAUUCGUCAUCUAAUUCGUGAGCAAAUAUGGACGAAGGAGGGGGUAUUGGAAGCAGUUUGCUCUCCAGAAUCACGACGACAGCCUCUGAAAUUAUGAUGCGAAACGAACCGACGACAACUGAAAAUCCAGCUGUUCAAGAAAUGAAUCAUAUUUAUCAUUUGACACCAAGUAUGAAGAUGUUAUGUAUUCUUUUCUAUAGUAUACUUUGCGUAUGCUGUGUCUAUGGAAAUGUGCUCGUUAUUCUGGUUAUUGUUUAUUUUAAACGACUUCGAACGGCGACUAAUAUUUUGAUAUUGAACUUGGCAGUUGCUGAUCUUCUCAUAUCAGUAUUCUGCAUUCCGUUCAGCUAUUGGCAAGUAUUGAUUUAUGAUGAUCAACGUUGGCUCUUCGGCUCAAUGAUGUGCUCUUUAUUAGCAUUCCUUCAAGCAAUGGCUGUAUUUUUAUCAGCUUGGACACUUGUCGUUAUCAGUUUUGAUCGGUGGAUGGCUAUAAUGUUCCUUUUAACUCCAAAUAUUCGAAUUACAAGACGAAGAGCUCUUUAUCUGGUAGCUGCCACGUGGAUAUUCAGUAUCCUAAUGGCGUUGCCGUUACUCUUCACAACGAGAUUUUUCGAAGACCAAGACGGUUUACCGAAUUGUGGAGAAAAUUGGACGUAUUUUGGAGAUUCUGGAGAACAAGUGAGAAAAGUGUAUUCUUCAAUGGUCUUAAUUCUACAAUAUGUUGUACCUCAAGCAGUUUUAAUAAUAACUUACACACAUAUUGGAAUUAAAAUGUGGAAUAGUCGAGUACCAGGAAUGCAGAAUGGAGCAACAAAGAAAAUGAUCGUUGAUCGACAUGAAAGUGUCAAAAAGCUGGUCCCAAUGGUGAUUCUCAUUUCGGCACUCUUCGCACUUUGUUGGCUUCCUUUACUUAUACUGAUCAACGUCAUUCCAGAAUUCUAUCCAGAUAUCAACAGUUGGGGAUAUAUUCUGUAUUUGUGGUGGUUUGCUCAUGGACUUGCCAUGUCUCAUUCAAUGGUCAACCCAAUUAUCUAUUUCAUUCGAAAUGCCCGUUUCCGUGAAGGAUUCUGUUUCUUCUCUUCAAAACUUCUUCCAUGUAUAUCAUUUAAAGAACUUCGUCUUUUAACUGAUAAUACUAGCAGAAGUUUUCGAAACCGUUCACGGUUUUCUGGUGUCAUAAAUCCGACUUCAAGCGAUGAAAAACCUGCUACAUCGCUUACGAGAUAUUCACGAAGUGGAGUCCUUGACAGGCAAACAUGUCGUUCGGCACGUUUCUUCGAAGCCCGACCACUCGUCGUCGUCCGAAACAACUCUGCCAAUUCUCUCGCGUAGCUUUUCCCGUAUCAUUAAGAAAAUUGAUCUACCAUGUACUUGAGUGGAAAGCUAUAGAAGACCAUAGAUUCAAGGUUUUUGUUAUUUGAAAUUGUAUUUUAAAGCAUAAUUUCACAAAUUAUGUUUAUAUUCCAUCCAUUUUAUUGUAUUGUAAGAAAAAACCCCUCAGAUCUCCUAAGAAACAAUUUUAUAUGAAACAUCAAUUGUUGUCUGAAACGCUUUUCAUACCGGUAAAUACUCGCCCCACCAAAUCCACGAAUCAUCACCAAUAUUUUAAACUUGUACCAUACAAAUUGCGUGUUUUCAUUUUAUUUGAAUAUUUUUUCAAAACUAAAUGUAGAAAUAAAUGUUAGAAUACUACAA